CGGUGCGCCAGCAGAGCGCGGGGCUCCCGGCCGACGGGCGGGUAUCGUCGCUGGCGACGGUCGCCUAUCGUCGCUACCGACGGUCGCCUAUCGUCGUUACCGACGAGGAGUACGGAGCGCGGUGUGUUUGGUACGGGAGAAGAGACGGAGACCAGAGAGAGCCCCAGAUUGGAGCGGAAAGCACCGGCGCGAGAGGAGUGGGAUUUUCUCGCGGAAGCCGAUUAGUCGGACGGCAGAAGAUAUCGGAUUGUUUUUUUUUUUCUGAGUGGGUUUAGUCGUCGGAAUAGAGACGGAGAAGUCUGACCAAGACGCAGUGGAAGAGAGAGCCAGGCGACCACCGCCGCCAGCACAGCCAACUAGGAGAGUCGAGAUCAAUACAGCCACAAGCCACCGAGCCUCAUCAUCUGUUCACUAUUCUGUGUAACAUUCCUAGACCAGCGAGGGACGUGCCUGCCGCGUCUUUCAUCUCUGGCACACGUAGAUCGCAUGAUGAUGAAAAUACGAUUUUCGGAUCAGGGUUAGCAUAGCUGCAUAGCAACAAGUAUAGCGGUAUAGCAAAACUGCUGCUGAUAGCAACUUAUCAGUGAUACCUCUCCCAACAGAACUGUUGAGAGCACCCACUACUUGAAAUACAAAGCCGUUCGCAACUGAUGAACCUAUUGGACGUUGUCAAGGCUUCCAAACACAUUCAUUGCACGGAAAAACUGAAAACUGCUAAAGGAAAGAACAUCUAUUUGAGAUUUUGCCGUGUGGCUAUCAACGGCAGGGGGAGCAAAACUUUAUGAGACGUCAGUUGUUGGCACUGUCACCUUUGAGAGCCGAGAAGUCGCGGACAGCUGGCUGUUCUAACUAGUAGCGACCAGAAUAGACAUCGACUGAGAGGGGCAACACUGACACUCACCAUAGGCGGCAGAUUAUGACCGACAUUCAUUGCGCUCUGACGGAUACUGAGAGACGAAAAUAGCCGCCGACAACCACACAACACCGCCGGCAUCUGCACAUCGCGAUAAACGACGGACCAACUCGUCCUUACCAGCAGAUGAACCCGAAGAAACUGGACGAAGGAAUCCGAAGCUAACUGUAGAAAAAGCAGGGGAAUAAAAAAGGAGACCGAGGACAGCAGGACGGAUACGAAGACAGAAGAAAGAGAGGAAACAGAACCUGAUACCCACACAAGCAGAAGCGUAUUUCAAGUAAAGGUCCGGAAUCUCCUGCUUUGUACUCCUACCUAACACCAGGGUAGGAUCCAAACCUUCUCACCGGUCAGCAGAAUGUCGGUCAGAAGCUGGAGCUCAGCAGGUUCGGCCGGAAGCGCGCGCAGAGAGAGUCAACGAGGAAAACGAGGAAACUUCGUCGGCAAGCUGACGCAGAGCGUUCGUCGUAUUGUCAAAGAAGUGAAAGAGGACCCAAUCGAAGGAGUGCAAUCCCGAGAGGAGGUCAUAGCGCUCAACGAACGCCUCCGGAAGGUCAGCGGUCUCCUCGACUCGUCAUUCGGUCUAGCCAAACAGGCUCUGCUGGACCUCCACAAGAAGUUCGACUGUGUUCAGGAGGGAGGCAACGUCUUCACCCGCUACAAGCUGAUGAAGCGGAUGAUUAAG